AGUCUCUGUAUGCGCGGUACGGAAAUGGUGCGACAGUGUUUUUGUUCCCCCGGGCUUCACAGCUGAAUUAUCUCAGACAAGAUUCAUCAGCUGUAAUUUUCUUACCGUAUAUUAUUAUCGGAUUAAACAAAAUGUAUCUAAUUAUUACUGUUUUUAUAACUGAGACUCGUCGUUAUUGUGACCCGGUGACAUUGUAACUGAAACACAGAGAGACCUCCCCCUCCGGUACCGGUCCGGUGGGUCUUUAUUGGACCUUAACUGCAGGUAAAUGUGGAUCUUUAGAUAAACCUGGAGGGGGGCAGAGAGAUGGACUCAGACCGGAGGAGGGACAGGAGGACCUGGGACUGGGACAGUCCUCAGUGCCGAACCCAACUGGACGAGAUCUUUUUCCGGCAGCAUGACUACAUCCAGGCCGGAACCUCCGAACACAAAGAGUUCUGGACUUUCUUUGACCGGUUCCAGAGGUUCAAGACUAAGAGGGAACUGUCUGGACCCGGAGCCAGCGGGAGAGAUGAAGGGACAGACCGGAGAAAGUCCGGUUCUGGUAAAGUGGACCUCGGUCUCCCUAAAGACUAUGAUGCUCGGUACCGGAUUAAUGUCUCUGUUUGUACCCGGGACAUCGAGGAGCGGCUGGGAAAGACUGAACAGAACCGGGGCAGACAGAGGUCUUCAGGUCCAGGCCGUCAGGAGGUCUCGGACCUCCGUCUGGCCCUCCUUCACUUCCUGGACUUCAGUCAGAAACAGAGUUUUGGGAAACUGGUCAAGAUCCGCAGGGACCAGAAGAACCUGCCCAUCUUCCAGUACCGGGACCGGAUCAUCGAACUGGUCCGGACUCACCCUGUGGUCGUGGUGGCAGGAGACACGGGCUGUGGGAAGUCCACUCAGGUCCCCCAGUACCUCCUGUCUGCAGGGUUCACCAACAUCGGCUGUACCCAACCCAGAAGGAUCGCCUGUAUCUCUCUGUCCAAGAGGGUCAGCUUUGAGAGUCUGAACCAGUACGGAUCCAAGGUUCGACCAGAACAAACUGAUCAUUGAUUCCUGAUCCUCAGAGGAUCUUGUUGUUGUUGUUUUAAUGUUGCUGCUGUCCCCUCUCUCUCACUCACCUUCAUUCUCUACUCUCUCUCCUUCCCUCUAUCUCGUUCUCUUUCUCUCCCCCUGCCCUCACUUCUACUCCUCUCUCUCUCCCCCCUUAUCUCUCUGUAUUCCUCCCUAACUCAGCAGCGGCUUGGUAGCUGUCUAACAUGAGUCUGGUCCUUCCCAAGGUUUCUGUCUUUUAAAAGGAAGUCACUCAUGUUAGAUAAGAUGAGCCAAAUCCCAUCUUGGAUUGGGUCUUGAUAAUUCAUCAAAUGAUGAGCGUGGUCUAGACCUGCUCUUUUUCUUUGGAAAGCGUCUUGGGAUGACGACUGUUGUGAAUUGGCGCUAUAUAAAUAAAAAUUUGAUUGAUUUGAUUGAACAAGAUCUAAUUAAUUCAGUACAAUAUACAAUAAUAAUAAUAAUACACACAUCUAACAUCAGUUAUCUUCUCCUGCAGGAAUCAUUUCUUUUUAUUUUAUUUAUUCUUUUUAUUCGACUGUUUUUAAUUUUAUUUUUUUAUUGUUAUCUUUCUAUUUAUUGACUUCUUUUAUUUAUCUCAUGUACAGCACUUUGUUUGACUGCUGUCUUUUGAAGUUGCUUUAUAAAUAAACUGUGACUUGACUUCAUUUACUAACGCUGGUCGUGUUUUGCAGGUCGGGUACCAGAUCCGCUUUGAGACCACCCGCACCACAGCCACCAAACUGUCGUUCCUGACUGAGGGGCUGCUGCUCCGACAGAUCCAGCAGGACCGGACACUGGCUCAGUACCAGGUGGUGAUUGUGGAUGAAGUCCAUGAGAGACACCUCCACUGUGACUUCCUCCUCGGGGUCCUUCGCUCUCUGGUGUCCGAACGGCCAGACCUUCGUCUCAUCCUCAUGUCCGCCACCAUCAACAUCAAACUGUUCUCCGACUAUUUUAGCAGCGCCCCCGUGCUGCAGGUACCAGGGAGGCUGUUUCCUAUUCAGGUGAGCACAGAGUCUUUCCUGUAUCACUGCCUAAGAUGAGGUGUUGGGUUUGACCAUCCAGGAAAUUAUUGUGUGAUAACCACAAACAACAACAACAGUGUGGGUCUGGCAGAGACUCUAGAAAGACACAGGUAACCAAUGCAGAGAUUUUAAAAUUCGCCAAACAAAGAAAAAACUGUCAUUUACUGUUUUAAAUUGUAACACAUCAGGGUUUGACUGAGGAUCUUCUUAGACGUGAAUCUGUCUUCAAUUCUCCGUUUCUAUGUUCAGGUCAUUUACCAGCCCAUCCCACCUGAAGAGCAGCCGUCACGUUCAGAGAAACUGGAUCCCAGACCUUACCUUCGCAUCUUACAGGGCAUCGACCAGCGUUACCCACCGGAGGAGCGAGGAGACCUUCUGAUCUUCCUCAGUGGCGUGGCAGAAAUCUCCACCAUCCAGGAAGCCUGUCAGAUUUACGCCACACACACACGUCGCUGGAUCGUCUUGGCGCUGCACAGCACGCUCUCCAUCGCCCAGCAGGAUAAGGUUUGUAAUAUCAGCAGGUCGGGUCUUUUCUGUGUUUUCUCAGCUCUUACUCUGCGUUUCUGCUCGUCUGCAGGUGUUUGACAUCGCUCCUCCUGGGGUGAGAAAGUGCAUCAUCUCCACCAACAUCGCUGAAACCUCAGUUACGAUAGACGGGGUUCGCUUCGUGGUAGAUUCAGGUACGGAGGAGAUAGACCAAUCACUGCAGGGAGUUUACUUAGCCGGACUCACAGAUCAAGUCUUAUUAAAAUCAAAUCUCAUUAAUAUUUUUAAGGUGCUAAAUUUACUCUUUUGGUGGGAGAUGUUCAUGUUGAUGGACUCUUCUGUUGUUUCUUAUUUUAAAGGGAAAGUGAAGGAAAUGAGUUUCGAUCCCAAAGCCAAGAUGCAGCGUCUGCAGGAGUUCUGGAUCAGCAGAGCCAGCUCAGAGCAGAGGAAAGGUCGAGCUGGUCGUACAGGUCCAGGCGUGUGUUACCGCCUCUACGCUGAGUCGGACUAUGAUGCUUUUGCACCGUAUCCUGUUCCUGAAAUCCACAGGGUGGCUCUGGACUCCCUCAUCCUUCAGGUAGAAAACGUUCUUCAGUUCUUGGCGGUUAAACUUCCAGAUUUGUUAACGCCUGUUUUUCUCUCUGCAGAUGAAGAGUAUGUGUCUGGGAGAUCCGCUGUCUUUUGUCUUCAUUGAUCCACCACCAGCAUCAAGUAUCCAAACUGCAGUUACGUAUCUGAAAGAGCAGGGGGCGCUGGACAGCCGCAGUGAGCUCACCUCAAUAGGGAGUUUGCUGGCACAGCUUCCUGUGGAUGUGGUCAUAGGUACACGCCCUCUUACAUCGCACCUUUGCUUUCUCACGUUUGAUUGGAUCGUUCUUGUGUGUUCCUCGUUUACAAACAUCUGUGUGUUGUUGUCGUUCAGGGAAGAUGCUGGUCCUGGGCUCUUUGUUUCACCUGGUGGAGCCCGUCUUGACCGUGGCGGCCGCCCUCAGCGUUCAGUCACCUUUUCUACGCAGUUCUCAACACAACCCGGACUGUGCGACGGCCCGCCAGCCCCUGCAUAGCAACCAGGGAGACCCUUUUACCCUGCUCAACACCUUCAAUGCAUGGAUGGAGGUUAGUCAUCAUAACACAUUCAGGAAUGAAUGUUUAAUACAAACAGUUGUGACACUGAGAGAUAGUUUAUGUCUGUUUCUGAAGGUAAAAGGAGAGAGAGGCGGCGGCUCGAGAAAGUGGUGCAGAAGAAGAGGACUGGAGGAGCAGCGGUUAUAUGAGAUGGUCAACCUACGCAGACAGUUCAAGGCAGAGUCCUCACACCCAAAACAUGUUAGUAUUAGAGUUUUAACACACAAACGCCACUUUUUAAUGUGACCUUCUUCUCUGGACGACAGGACCUGCUGAAGAGUCACGGUUUGUUGGAAUCAGAGUUCAGCUCCUCGUCCAGCAGUGACCGCGGGCAACGCAGGGAGAGGCUGACGGAGAGGAGGAAACUGCAUCAGCUGAAGAGAGAUCAUGAGCAGCAGGAGAGCAGCAGGAGGAAAGUCCUGAGGAUGGACGAGGGACAGGAAGGAGAGCUGUCCUCAGGGUCGGACACGGAGGAAGCAGGAAGAGGCAAGAAGGACAAGAGAGGAUCCGAACAGAACCUGGACAUUCAGGUGACCUUAGAGCUUUCUGCUGACAACCUCAAACCUCUGCAUGAGAAUUCAGGAGUUUAAAAAGACAGAAGUUUAGUUUUUUUAAAGGAGAAACAUGAAGUUCAUGUUUUAGUCUGACUGUGGUUCUCCUCACUCUGACACAGGAGGUGAAGUUCAAGCUGCGUCACAACGUCUCAGAGCUGCAGGAGGCCGUCAGCGUCAGUCAGGACUUGUCCUCCCGGCAGCAGGCUUUACUCAAGCUGCUGCUCUGUCGAGGUCUCUACCCUCAGCUGGCUCUGCCUGACGAACACAACACCACCCGCAAGGACUCAGACCAGGUCAGACCUCCUGAUUCGUUCAGUUACCAGAUCAUCUAAACGUGUUUUUAAGAUCUGUUAGGUGAUAUUUUUACUUCUGUUUUUUAUUGUGCAGGUAUUUCACACACGGAACAAGCAGGGGGUGGUGAUCCACCCAACCAGUGUGUUUGCGAGUGACCCUGAGGUUUUACACGUGCCUGAAGACGACAACAGAGAGAUGGGUAAAUGUCUUAAACCGUCCCUCUAACAGAACUUUUCCUGUUUAUUAGAUAUUUUCUGUCAGCUGUGUUAGUAUAGAAGUCACUUGUUUAUUAUAAAUAUGUUUGAAAGUAAAUGUCGUCAUGAUUUUACUGGUGAGGGCGGAAACUUGAGGGUCGAGAGGUCAGCUGAGACGGGGCAGUGAGUGUGUGAGGAGGGGGAGGGGCAGGCUGUGUGUCUUCUGCUAUAAUUAAGGAGGGUCAGCUUCACCUGGGGAGGGUGGCUCUUCUUGCACAUCUUUAUCUCUCUCUCUCUCUCUCUCUCUCUCUCUCUCUCUCUCUCUCUCUCUCUCUCUCUCUCUCUCUCUUUUCUGCAGGUCCUGAUAAGAGGGACAGCACUAAGCACCAGCUGCUCGCCUUCGUUACCCUGCUGGAGACCAACAAGCCGUAUUUGUCAAACUGUGUUCGAGUUCCAGCUCUGCAGGUCAGGACCAGAUUUAGGACGUCCCCUUUUUUAUAGUCCUGUUUUAGUCUUGAUUUCUUCCUCUGACACUUUUCUGUAACUCUCUGUGCCCUCGUGUUCUCAUUAGGCUCUUCUGCUGGUGGCGAACUUCGUGGACAGUAACGCCGACUGCACUCGUCUGGUGGUGGACGGCUGGUUGGAGUUGGAGCUGAGGGAGCCGGAGGAGGCCCUGAAGGUUCUGUCCACGGCUCUGACCCUCAGAGCUGAGUGGGAGCGCCUCCUGUUGGCCCAGCUGGGACAGAGCAUGAUAGGGGGACCGGUCCAGGGCGUGUCCCGCAAAGUCUUGGAAAAGCUGAGUGAAGGUCUGGUCCGGUUCCUGCUCUACACGGAGGUACUGAUGCGGUGCUGACCCAAACUCUCUGACUGUUUUUGUAUAUCCAUCCCUUCACAAUCAGUAAUCUCUUCUGUCCAGGUCAGUUACAGCCUACGGAGGCUCACUGCUUUCCAGACCCAGAACCUCUACAUCGGCCCACGGUCUGAGUCUGAACCGUCUCACAUGAAAGGUUUGGAUCUGAACCCGCUGUUCCCAGGAGCCGAGGCCAAACCCGACCCUGUUAAAGGAGGUCUGCGGGUCACGAGCUUCUUCACCUACAACUGUCUGGCUGUGAGUUUUCAGCCUCAAACUGAAGCUCUGGCUGUCCUGACCGGUUUCAAACCUGGAACAGAGCAAGAAGAUAAACUGAAACUUUCCUGUAAAACUAAAACAAAUCUUUUUUUUCUCCUGUGUGAUUAAUUUCAGGACUCUAAGGAUCUCUACAGCGAGUGUUUACGUACCUUCUGGAGCUGUCCUAACUGUGACCUCUACAUGCCUCUGACUCCACUGGAACGUAUGCAGCACGAGGCCUCCUGCAGGCCGGCAGGAGAACAGCAACAGCAGGAGGAAGGUGAGGACUACAUUUGGAGUGACCUUAAAUAGACUCACGAGCAACUAAAUCAAGCAGCUGAUUUGAAAAGAAUUGAAGUUGUGAGAGUAAGUGUUGGGUUUUUUUGGGGGUUUCAGAGCCUGACGGUGAAAAGAAGGGCCCCUCCUCAGCGUCCAGUCUGACGAGAGUUUACCACUGUGACGUCUGCGAUGAAGACCUGACCCUCACCUCCACGGAGAUCCUCAAACAUAAAAGACAACACAUGUAUUCGACCAAGUAGGUGACUCUGCAUCGAGGAAACGACACCAGACUUCAAGUUUUUGGAAUAAAGUUUUUCAUAUAAUAAUAAAAAUAAUGUCUCACCG